CUUGGUUACAGUCCGGAAGUACUAGCAGAGCAUCGUUAGCAUGCUAACUCUGCGCUCAUCUCUGUCCCGUUUUUUACGUCCGAAAUAUCCUUGAAGAAACAGAGAUGAGCAACGAUGAUGUCAUCAAGCAUGUCACGUGCACGGUCAAACCUCCCGUCUACCUUCACUUCGGGGACUCCAAGGAGGACCCCAGUCACUCGGGCGUCUGCGUGCUGGACGUCAACCUCCCCUUUGGAAAAAGCGUUAACGUGGAGGCGAUCUCCUUCAAGAACUCCUACACGGCCUUUGUCAGCGUGAGGCUGCAGAGGCGGACCCCUGGCCAGGAGGCGGCGGCAGCCAAGUGGGUCACGGCUGUCAGGGACUUCCCCCUGAUGAAGAACCCCCAUACCGAGGCGGGCUCCCAGGACUUCUACGCCAUCCGUAGGACACAGAUGCAAAUAGAGGCGGACCACGUCACGGCCCUGAGACUGAUCCUGAGACAGCCGUCCUGUGCCUGGUUAACUUUCAGCCUGGAGGACAUCCGCAUCUUCCCUCGCACGCAGACGGAAACUGACAAGGAGCUCUCUGAUUGGUUGUCUGCUCUGACCCUCGUGGACCGCCAUUCUGACGUCGAGGAGGGUCUCCCGGACCCUCAGACAGUUUCGUGCAGUCUUCAGCAGAUGUGGGCGUUGACUGAGGUGAUGCAGAGCAGUCAAAGCUCCGCCUCUAUCGGACGCUUUGAUGUGGAUGGAUGCUACGACGUCAACUUCUUAUCUGUGACAUAAACAUAGCAUUUUUAUGCUGCAUGUGACAUAGACAUAAUUAUAGUUAUGCUGUUUGUGACAUUAACAUGUAAGUACAGUAGAUCCUUGCUAUUUGUGGGGGUUGUGAAGUGAAUUCUAUUUAUACAGCGCUUUUCUCUGGUGACUCAAAGCGCUUUUACAUACUGUAGUGAAACUAUGUAUCUAAGUUACAUUUAAACCAGUGUGAGUGACACUGGGAGCAGGUGGGUAAAGUGUCUUUCCCAAGGACACAACGGCAGUGACUAGGAUGGUGGAAGCGGGGAUCGAACCUGGAACCCUCAAGUUACUGGCACGGCCACUCUACCAACCGAGCUAUAAAGCUAUACCGAUACAGUUACGUUUCAAAACCCACAAGGGAUGGUGCAAAAUCCAAAAUAAAUGUUAUCCUCUAAUAUGUGAUAGUACUUAUUCUAUAAUAUGCCUCUUACAGUUUUUAAAUGCAUUUUAAAUUCAUUUAAAAGAGUUCAGCUUUGAACUGAACUCUCGCGGCUGUGUUGGAGCCACUAUGGAUUGAACUUUCACAGUAUCAUGUUAGACCCGCUCGACAUCCAUUGCUUUCGGUACCCCACUUCUGAGGUCCUCUCCAAGGUUUCUCAUAGUCAGCAUUGUCACUGGCGUCCCACUGGAUGUGAAUUCUCCCUGCCCACUGGGUGUGAGUUUUCCUUGCCCUUUUGUGGGUUCUUCCGAGGAUGUUGUAGUCGUAAUGGUUUGUACAGUCCUUUGAGACAUUUGUGAUUUAGGGCUAUAUAAAUAAACAUUGAUUUAUUGAUUGAGUGUUGUACUCCAAAUAACGUCUUGUCAAAGCUUUUUUGGACUGGAAAAUGUUGAGUGAAUUCUAACUGCGGCACUCUUCUUUCCCUUCAGAUAGCGCCAUUAAACCACUUUAAAUUGAAGCUGCUAUAAAAAAUGAUAUACAAUUUCCAGCAGUGCAAAGGAAUGCGUGAAUAUGCGGAGGAGCGAAUGCCAAAACUCAAAUAUGUAGGCCUGGGAUCUACUGUAUUCACUGUGGAGGUCAGUUCUAUGUAUUAUAAACAUGUUGGAAUUAUUCUCUGAAUUAUCUGAAAUAAAAGUAUUCAAUGUUUA